AUGUCGGGCGCGAACGCGGGGAACGCGGAGAGCGUGCUGAGCGCGACGGCGAGCGAAGAGAAGGGUGAACACGCGCGCUUGGCAUCCUUCGUCGGCGCGAUGGCGAUCGGUGACUUGGUGAAAUCCACGCUCGGGCCGAAAGGCAUGGAUAAGAUUUUGCAGAGCGUGCAAAAGGGACGGCAGGUGACGGUGACGAACGAUGGAGCGACGAUCUUGAAGUCGAUAUACGUCGAUAACCCGGCGGCGAAGGUUUUGGUGGACAUCUCAAAGGCGCAAGACGACGAAGUCGGGGACGGGACGACGUCGGUGGUGGUGUUCGCGAGCGAAUUGCUGAGACAGGCGGAGCAGUUGGUGGCGCAGCACGUGCACCCGAUGACGAUUAUUCAGGGGUUUCGAGAGGCGUGCGAGGCGGCGAAGGCGGCGCUGGAGGAGACGGCGCGGGACAACGCCGGAAGCAAGGAAAAGUUUGAGGAGGACCUGAUGAACAUCGCGAAGACGACGCUGAGCUCGAAGAUUCUGACGCACGACAAAGAACACUUUGCGCGAUUGGCCGUGGACGCCGUGUUGAGGCUCAAGGGAUCGGGCGACUUGGAGAUGAUUCAGGUCAUUCAAAAGCCGGGAGGAAACUUGAAGGACUCAUUCCUCGAUGAAGGAUUCAUCUUGGACAAGCGCUUCGGUGUUGGGCAGCCGAAGAGGAUCGAGAACGCGAAGAUUUUGAUCGCGAACACGCCCAUGGAUACGGAUAAGAUUAAGAUCUACGGCGCGCGCGUGCGAGUCGAUUCCAUGGCCAAGGUUGCGGACAUCGAGCAGGCGGAGAGGGAGAAGAUGAAGCGCAAGUGCGAAAAGAUCAUCGGCUACGGCAUCAACUGCUUCAUCAACCGACAGUUGAUUUACAACUACCCGGAGCAAAUAUUUACCGAAGCGGGCGUGGCGGCGAUCGAGCACGCCGAUUUCGAUGGUAUCGAGCGCUUGGCGCUCGUCACGGGCGGCGACAUCUGCUCUACGUUCGACAAUCCGGAGGACGUGCAGCUCGGCGGUUGCGACUUGAUCGAAGAGAUCAUGAUAGGUGAGGAUCGUUUAAUCCGAUUCAGCGGCGUAGCGAAGGGCGAGGCUUGCACGAUCGUGCUUCGUGGUGCGUCUGAACACAUCCUGGGCGAGGCGGAACGCUCCUUGCACGACGCGCUGUGCGUGUUGACUUCGACUGUGAAGGACAGCCGAGUGAUUUACGGCGGUGGAUGCUCGGAGAUGAUCAUGUCCAAGGCUGUGGAAGAGCUCGCCGCGAAGACUCCGGGCAAGAGAUCGCUGGCGAUGGAAUGCUUCGCAAAGGCUUUGCGUGCGAUUCCCACCAUUAUCUGCGACAACGCUGGCUUAGAUAGCGCGGAUAUCGUCUCACAAAUGCGAGCCGCUCACGCCGAGGGAGACAAGAAAGCUGGGGUGAACGUUUUGACCGGUGAGGUUGGCGAUAUGCAACAAUGUGGUGUCGUCGAAUGCUUCCGCGUCAAGCAACAAGUUUUGCUUUCUGCCACAGAAGCAGCUGAGAUGAUCAUUCGCGUCGAUGACAUCAUCAAGUCCACGCCGCGACAGCGAGAAUAG